AUGACUCGAGGUGUCCCGAUUUUGGACCUUGACUUGUACACGGUUCAGCCAGGCGAUCUGGAAGAUGUACAAAGCGAAUUUCAACUAAAGUGUUUCGGUCAUGCGAUGAUUCAUGGCUUUUGCAUGUGGUUCCGGGUCGACUUUCCAGGCAACGAACAUCUGUCGACCUCGCCAUACGACGAGCCAACGCACUGGAGACAGUCCGUGUUGUACGUUCCACCUUUCGCCGUUUCACAGGAUGACGAGAUUACGGGCAGAGUUUCGCUGAAGCGCGGCGCCUCUAAUUACAGGUAACC